AUGGGGCCGGGAAGGACAGCAUCAUUUACUCACUGUCUGCUGUGUGCCUGGGCCAUCGGAUUCAGGACAGCAAUGACGGGCAGGGCCAGAGUUCACGCCCGAGGCAGACGGCGGGACACACCACCCUCGGAGCCGGCUCCGCCCGAGGCAGCGAGGGGGCCCCCAACGCCUCGAGUGCCCGGAACCGAGCCUCCGCUGAGCUUCGCUGACUUAGUGAAACGAGGCACAGCGGCUCAGCAACCUCGUCAGAUCCAGCCUAGACUCCAGUCACUGACGGGUGUUAGACACGUGGCUGGGGCUGGGCCACCAGCAGGAGCAGAAGCGACGUCUCAGCCUUCAGAACUUCCACCGCCAUCUGGAUCACAGGGAUCCUUGCUGAGGACGAAGAGGGAUGUUGGUAGAGAUUAUCAAGACUUUGUGGUAAAUACUCGGCAGAAUUUGGUCCACGUUAGAGAGUCGACAAAAGGCACGCAAGGUAGCCCGGUAAUGCUAUUUUCGAAUCAUGUCCGGCUCAAGUCUUGCUCUCAGAAGCAUUUAUACAAGUACAACGUCAUCUACACACCAGACAUAGAGGAUGGAAGCAAACGGGAAGCUUUACUCUCUGAACUUGAAAAGUUCCUGGGAAAUCGUUGUAUAUACGAUGGAAAAUCUCUGCUGUUACCUCACUCGCUAGGGGAAACGAAAAAGGAAGUGGUCAGCAAGUUGAAAAAUGAACCUGUGACGAUAACCUUCGAGCUCUCCAGAGAACUCCAGACCACUUCUCCAGACUGCCUCCGCUAUUACAACAUUCUCUUUAGAAAAAUGUUGGAAAAGAUGGAUUUGAACCAAAUUGGUCGCAACUAUUACAAUAAAAAUAAGAAGACUGAGUUCAAUGAGUAUAGGUUGGAAAUAUGGCCUGGCUAUGUUACUUCUAUUCUUCCAUAUGAAAUCGGUCUUACUCUCUGUGCUGAUGUGAGCCAUAAACUGCUCCGAAUGGAAACUGCUUAUGAUUUAAUAUCACACACUCGUGAAAAAGCCAGAGGAGAAGAUGCCAAAGAGAAAAUUCUUAGAGAAUUAGUUGGGUCAUCUGUUCUUACAAAUCACAGGGUGUACAGCCUGGAGUUUUCGUUUUGGGAACAAGCUCCUUUUGAAGUUCCCAGAAGCUUAAAUGCCACUGAUGUUCGUUGUUCUGUUCAACAGCGGUAUGGUACAGUGGUCACUACCUUAAAUCAGCCACUUUUGAUCACCAAAGGCAAAUGGAAAAAGAGCCGGCAGGACACAUCUCAUCAGCCUAUCAUGCUGGUUCCUGAGCUAUGCCACCUGACAGGCUUAACGGAUGACAUGCGUAAAGACUACAGAAUGAUGAGAGACUUGUCUGCCCACACGAGGAUGGAUCCAGAUAGAAGGCAGCAUAAACUGCUAACAUUUAUGGAUGCUUUAAGAAAAAAUAAUACUGUGCAGAAGGAGCUUCGAGAUUGGAAUUUGGAACUCGAAGCGGGGUUUUUGUCCUUUUCUGGAAGAACCUUGCAAGAUGUAAGAAUUCACCAAGGAAGAAGGAUGUUUGACAACCAUAAAGCAGACUGGUCAAAAAACACAAGGGAGGUACCAUUACUUAGAGCAAUGUCACUGGAUCAUUGGCUAAUAGUCUAUACUAAGGGAAAUUAUGGAACAGCCCUGAACUUGCAGCAGAAUCUACAGAAAGUGACACCCAAAAUGGGCAUAACUGUUAGAAAUGCAAAACUGCUCGAAGCAGCUGAUACAGUCCAAUCUUACAUAAGAACCUUGGAAAAACACGCUUCACAAAAAACACAGAUGGUCCUUUGCCUGCUGCCCACCGACAACAAGGAAAUUUACGAUGGCAUAAAAAGAUAUCUGUGCAUCAAUUACCCAAUUCCAAGCCAGUGCGUGUUGAAACGGACCUUGGACAGACCUAAGACGCCAGUGACCAUAGCUACAAAAAUUGCUCUGCAGAUGAACUGCAAGCUGGGAGGUGCCCUCUGGAAGGUGGACAUAGGACUGCAGAAUGCAAUGUUCAUCGGUAUCGAUUGUUUCCACGAUAUUGAACAUCGACGGAAAUCAGUUGCGGGAUUUGUAGCAAGCAUCGAUCCAGACCUGACACGGUGGUUCUCUCAGUGUAUCAUCCAGCAGUCGGGGCAGGAGCUUGUCAAGGGGCUGACGACCUGCUUGUAUACUGCCCUGAAGCUCUGGUAUGAACAAAAUUCAUCUCUGCCACAUUCUAUCAUUGUGUAUCGAGAUGGAGUGGGAGACGGGCAGCUUCAAGCGCUGAUAGAUCAAGAAGUAAAACAGAUGGAGUCCUACUUAGAGAACGCUUACAGAGGACAAAAGGUCAGACUAACUUUCAUUGUGGUGAAGAAACGAAUAAAUACCAGAUUUUUUAUUGGAAAGGAUGGAGGGAGACUUAACAAUCCAUCUCCAGGAACAGUUAUUGACCUAAAGGUGACUAGGACAGAAUGGUACGAUUUUUUCAUUGUGAGUCAGUCUGUGCGGGAAGGGACCGGCACUGUCACUCCCACUCAUUAUAACGUCAUCCACGACACGCUUUACUUGAGCCCGGAUGCCAUACAGGGUCUCACUUACAAACUCUGCCACAUGUACUACAAUUUUUCGGGUAUCAUCCGAGUUCCUGCUCCUUGCCAUUAUGCCCAUAAGCUGGCUUACUUGGUGGGCCAGAGUCUUCAUCAACAACCACAUGAAUCUCUGUCAAAAUACCUCUUUUACCUUUAA